AUGCCGGCGGCGGCAGGCGACGGGCUCCUGAGCGAGCCGCCGGCUGUGGCGGGCAGCGGCGGCGGCGGGGGGGAGACGCGGAAGGCGGCGGCGGGCGCGGAGGGCAGUUUCCUGGCCGCCUGGCUGAGCGCGGCGGCGGCGGCGCCGCGGGAGAGGCUCCGAGACUUCCAGCACACCAAACGGGUCGGCAACUACCUGAUCGGCAGGAAGCUGGGAGAGGGAUCCUUCGCCAAGGUCCGGGAGGGGCUGCAUGUGCUCACCGGAGAGAAGGUGGCAGUAAAAGUAAUUGACAAGAAAAGAGCCAAAAAGGACACCUAUGUCACCAAGAAUCUACGACGUGAAGGGCAGAUCCAGCAAAUGAUCCGCCACCCAAAUAUUGCUCAGCUGCUGGAUAUACUGGAAACUGAGAACAGCUACUACCUUGUCAUGGAGCUGUGCCCUGGUGGCAACUUGAUGCACAAGAUCUAUGAGAAAAAAAGGCUUGAGGAGCACGAAGCACGCAAAUACAUCCGGCAGCUUAUCCUAGCAGUUGAACACCUUCACCGGGCAGGAGUAGUUCACAGAGACUUGAAGAUAGAAAAUCUGUUGCUAGAUGAAGACAACAAUAUCAAGCUUAUUGACUUUGGAUUGAGCAACUGUGCAGGCAUCUUGGGUUAUUCUGAUCCGUUCAGCACCCAGUGUGGGAGCCCAGCAUAUGCAGCCCCUGAACUUCUGGCAAGGAAAAAAUACGGGCCCAAAAUAGAUGUUUGGUCCAUUGGGGUGAACAUGUACGCGAUGCUGACAGGAACAUUACCUUUUACCGUGGAGCCCUUCAGCUUGAGAGCUUUAUACCAGAAAAUGGUGGACAAAGAAAUGAACCCUUUUCCCACCCAGCUCUCCACAGCGGCCGUAAACUUUCUACGAUCUCUACUAGAGCCAGAUCCUGCAAAGAGACCAAACAUCCAGCAAGCACUUGCGAAUCGAUGGCUUAAUGAGAAUUACCCUGGGAGAGCACCACCUAAUGUCACAUAUCCAAACAGGAUUCACCUUGAGGACCUCAGCCAAAGUGUCCUGCUCCAUAUGACUGAGAAGCUUGGCUACAAGAACAGCGAUGUCAUCAACACUGUGCUCUCAAACAGGGCGAGUCACACACUUGCCAUCUACUUUCUACUUAAUAAGAAAUUGGAGCGCUACUUGGCAAGCCUUAGGAAAUCUGAAGGCCAGGACAGUAUUUGCCACAAGAACCAAUUAUACCAGAUAGAAAAAUACAAGGCAAAUAAAGACUCCCAUGAGGACAAAAAACUCAAAGAACAAGAAAAGAAAGGGGAAAGUCUUCACCGUCAGCUCCCAAAGAAAACAGAGAAAAGUCCAGUUUCAUAUAGACAGCCUUCUUCCUGUCUUAUCUCACAGAUACAGAACACCAAGGCUCUGCUGAAGGACCGGAAAGUCACCAAGGCUGGAGGUUUGGAGAAAGACUCCAGCGGUGGGGUGAGCCCUUUCCAUGAACCCCUGGCAACCAAGACAGGAUGUGUCACUUCCAGCUCUCUGGAGUACCUUGAAGUCCAGCAGCCACCCCCCAGAACCCCUCGGCUCCUCAAGAGGCAGGAGUCUCCACAGCAGGAGCCAGCCCGGAUCGGGGGCCGGGCAAAGGACUCUCCUCUCAUCCUGAAUAUUGUGCACUCCUUCGAGUCGGUUGACAGAGAGGACCAAACAGACCAGGUUUCCCCCUCUCAUCAGUACAGGAUUUUAGGCUCACCAAUGAACUUCCCUUACAAAAGCUCAAGUGAAAGGACACUGUCCCCGCUUUUUCAGCCAGGGAGUACGUCCCCCAUCCACCCCACCCAAGUCUCGUUCACGUAUGAAGAAAAAGCGAAGGAAGAAGCAGUGUCCCCUACUCAGCUGGUUUCCAACAAUCCCUUGGGCAGCCCUAACUGUGUUAAAAGCAGAGGCAGAUUCCCUAUGAUGGGGAUUGGACAGAUGCUGCGGAAGAGGAACCAGACGAUGCAGUCGGCGAGCGACAAGCCGCUGGAAGCAAGGAUGCCUCAGCUGCAGCAGAUGAGCCCCACGCAGAUUUCCUUCAAUGCAGCAGAUGCUGUCAGUGGCCAGUGUUAGUCUGACAUCCUGGGAUUUUCACUGCUGUUCUCUGGGACCUCAACUUUUUUACCUUUAACAAAAAAGGAAAGCCACAGGCAUGUUAUUGACACUACAUAAUACACUACAGUGGUCCAAUGUAGAAAAUCAGAGGUCUGCUUGUAAGGAAGGUAUUGUCCUGUAUAUUAAAGUUUAAAGACAAGGGCUUUGCUUGUGAUGUUUGGAAAUAUGAGCAUUUGGCAUCUGACUGUGUAGUAAGACAUGUCUUGAAAGAGCUACAUGACUAUGUAUUUUCACCGCUUUCUUCUAGACUGGAAAACCAGCAAGCAUUAAUGGUUUGAUUCAUCAUGGCCAUCUGUGUGAUGCCAUGAAU